UAUGUAUGUACAGAUGUAUUCAAGUACGGAGGAUUUGCUUCCAGCGCUAACAGCAGGAUAAAAUUUGCCGGUGACAGUUAGAAGUUUGUGGAAGAUAUGUACUGUAGGAAAUGAAAUGAGCGUCAAUGUUAUGAUGCUCUAGCUACUCUUUCUUCUCUGACUAGGCUUUCUGUCGUAAAAGAUGCGACUAUCGGUGGGUUGUAAUAUUUUGAGUAUAAAUUGAUAAGCACGUCCCACUUUCGUUUCAGUUUAUUAAAAUGUGUGUCCUUACAUAAACGGCAUUCGAUAGCUAAUACGCGACAAUUUAACACAAAAGUAUAUAUAUAUUAUAUGUACAUUUGUAUUCGCAGUGAUGGUCUUUUAACCUGGUUCUGCAAACGAAACGUCGUGUAUUGUAAAAUUGAAAUUUAUUUUCCGGUGUAAUAAAGUUGAAGUAAUGUGCUUAAUAUUGUAAUUUACAUAGUUGUAUAUAUUCCUUAAACAUGCAAUCAAAUAUUGACACACAUGCGUGCAUAUAUUGUGCAAAUAUGUUCACGACUUCCUCAUAUUUUUAUAUAAAUAUGUGUAUAUAUCUACAUACAUAUCUAAAUAAUUUGGAAAUGCUUGUGUAAAUGACGAAUUCGCGUCUAAAAUCAAAAAGUCGAAAUGUAUAUUGACAAUUGUAGGUAUAACAUAAUGUAGUGGUUCCAUUUAAAAUACUCAAGUAGAUUGAACACGUAAACGAUCACAUUCUGUUAAAUGUCGUCAGGUGAAUGGGACUUACGUGCUCUUAAAGCACUUGAAGAAGAAGAACAAAAGGAAUUUCUUGCUUUGAGUCAAAAGAAUUUAUUCGAACCUCCGUCUCCGCCAACAAGAGGUCGAUUAUUGCAACAAACCCAACAGCUUAAACUGCAACAGCAGCAACCGAAAUUAACAUAUGCCCAAUUACAUCCUCAUACGUUGAAACUUCCUACCAUUAACGAAUACAACUUAAUUCUGGCUGCUAGAAAAAGGAGAUUGCAACAGCAGGAUAAUCCAAAAAUUGGCGCUGGAAGGACACAUUUGAAAUUUACCCGCGCCCUGUCUCUUUCUGCAAAUUCAUUAACCACACGUUCUAAUGGGAAUCGGAAAAAUGCUUUUUCAAAUAUUAAGGGCAAAACGUCUCAGACUAGUGAUUCCACCUCACUAUCGCAUCUUUACAAUGUUUCGCCUUACUAUACGCCACCACCUAUUAAGCGAUGCGAAACCUUCCAUCACACAAAACCCACACGUAAGACUGUUAAAAGUUAUCAGCAAUUCGAAAAGCAAAAACUGUAUAGAAAAAGAGAAGGACCAAUGAUGCUAAAGCAAGUAGUCGGUAAAAAUGAAAGCCUCUGGAAAUAUGGUCUUAACUCCACAGCUGCUUCAAUUAUUGGACAGCGCAAAAAGCUCCACUCCUCCUCAGCUGAAGCUGAGUCCAACACAUCAGAUGAGCUCGGUUCAGAAGGAACAUUAAACAAUGUAACCAUCUCAGAUCAGUCUGAACCUUUUCCGAUAUCUUAUGCCGACUGCGAUGAUAAUGCAACUGAGGCAGGAUCUUGUACGGUUCCAUUGACAACUGAUUCAGUUGAAAUGAUACGCCUUAUGUUAUCAGCGGCAACGGCGGCCAUAUCUACCCAUCCGAAGUCUACAUCGUCAUACCAAUCUAUUUCAAAAGAAGCAGAUUACUUACUUAAUAAACGACCUUUGCACAUAGUUUCAUUAAUGAAUACGGCAACAACUAAUGGGACGGUUAUCAGAAGUAUGUCAAACGCUGCCCUUAAUUCUCCACCGCUAUCCAUAGCUAAAAUAAACGAUGACAAGAAUAUACGACAAACUGACUAUGGCAGCACACAUCGUACAUUAUCAUCGCGUUAUCCCCUGGAAUUAUCUGCGUCAUCAUUCACACCUACAGAGGAAACUGUUGCUUAUAAAACUUUACGUGAACAGCGGAGAAACAAAAGCCUCUCAUACAAUGGUUUACGGAGCAAACAUACAAUACGGCGUGGCAAUAGCUUAACAGAUGAAACAUCUGUUAAUGACAGUAGCAGUAAUUGUAAUAGCACCAAAAGCAAUUGUCCACUAGCGAUAACAACAGCAGCCGCAAAAAAUUUAAACUUUGGCGAAAUGUAUAAGACUAACUCAUUGAAUAUAAGUACAGAUUUGGACAAUGAGACAGCUAACCACAUACUACUUAGAUCUACCUUUCUUAAGAACCCCAUUGUUCAAGGUGUGAAAGUAACAGCAACAGAGUUAAAAAAAGGAGUCAGCGCCCAAACUAGAUCAACAAUCGAUAAAAUAGGAAUUAUUAAUGCAAAGUCAAUGAAAAAUAAAUCUUCUAAACAUAUCCAGCACUUACUUUUACACACUACUCAGAUGUCGCAACCAUCUCGUUCUUCGGCGUUUAGUAGAGAAAUGACCCCCUUAAGCAAUGAUAGCAAUUGUAUUAAAAUGAACGUUUUAUUAGAAAAUGAUAAAGCGAAAGUUUCAACAUUUGCCUCAUUGCAUCAGCAACUCAUCGAUAACGAACUUGAACAUCAUAUAAAACAUUGUUCUUGCUCAUGUAAUCAUAUGGGUUAUGGUAAUUCUAUGGAUUAUCAGACGACCGACUUUAGCGGCUUACCUGAUGUCACCGAACACUCCAAUACACGACGUACACUAUCCCGCCAAAAUUCUCUUUCGAACAGUGAUUCUGGUGGUGAUAUUGCCAAGAUUGAAAAGUCGAAAGUGAACUUUUGUGAUGGCAGACCACAACCCACACCCCACAUUGCCAAUACCAAGCGUAAAUCAAAGCCAUCCCACUAUGCAGCCAGCCACAGAUGCAAUAGAAGGCAUCGUCUCAAACCACGACGAGGCUCAUGGGCCAUAUUCGUGACUUUUGUUGCAACGGUAUGCCUGCUUACCAUCGCCACAAUGCUCGCAUACCAACACUUUGUGGUGCCCAAUCGCCAUUCGCAUGCUCAAAGACUGAAAAUUGUGCGACGAAUACUAAAAGAGGUGCCGUUGGUGGACGGACAGAAUAACUUUGCAUGGAAUGUACGGAAGUAUGCACACAAUAGUCUAGAGUCUGUGCCAAUGAGGCGAAACUCCAACGCAGAGGGGUGGAUUCGGCCGGCAUGGGCGCAAACAGAUAUCGAGAGACUGAAACAAGGACUAGUUGGCGUGCAAAUGUGGUCUGCAUAUGUGCCAUGUGAGGCAUUGGGUCUCGACGCAGUACAGGUAGCAAUAGAACAAAUUGAUAUUAUACGUCGUCUGACUGAAAUGUACAGCCUUGACACGGAGUUGGCGAAAUCCUCGAAGGAUAUUUUAACAGCACAACAACAUCAUAAAAUGGCUUCCUUAAUUGGCAUCAAAGGUGGACAUGCUAUCGGUUCCUCACUAGCUGUUUUGCGAUCAUUCUACUCAGUCGGAGCACGUGCUCUCAGUCUCACACAUAAGUGUGAUCUCUCAUGGGCUGGCUCAAGUGCCUCCGUGUCAGAAAGUGGAUUGUCUGCAUUUGGAAAAGCUGUCAUAAGAGAAAUGAAUCGACUUGGUAUGAUGGUAGAUCUGUCUUACAGUUCUACAGCAACGGCUCGCGAUGUAUUGCAAGUCACUAGGGCCCCAGUUAUAUUUUCACAUUCUGCUGCACGACAACUUUGCAAUUCCACACGAAAUGUUCCCGACGACAUUCUUCGAUUAGUAGCAGAUAAUGGUGGACUUAUUAUGGUUAGUUUCGACUCAGAAGAUAUUGCUUGUGGAGAGCAAGCGUAUCUCCAAGAUGUUGUUGAGCACAUCAGACAUAUUCGAGCAAUAGCCGGAGUCCAGCAUAUUGGGCUGGGAGCUGGAUAUGAUAGCAUAGAAGUGCCACCUGUUGGUCUUGAAGACGUUUCUAAAUAUCCAGACUUACUUGCAACGUUGCUGCAGGAUUCCAAUUGGAGUGAGCAGGACAUUGCGAUGUUAGCAGGAAAAAACUUUAUUCGUAUUUUGGAGACUGUUGAAAAUGUACGUGAUUACUGGAAACGCGCUGACAUUCAACCAAUUGAACAGACUGAGCCACAACCAAAACCACACUGCUCACAUUGGUCCUCGUGACCAUAGCUGGAGACGAAGAGAAGCAGAUCUGCUGCCACGCUAAAACUUGACCUGAAGCACAACACGUGGGUAACAGCAUUGAAUUACUACAACAACUUAAGAGUUGCCAUAUUGAUCACACUUUUUUGGUUAAGUGGAGCAAAUAAUCAAAGUAAGAUCACACUGAUAAAAGCUGUGCGCUUAAUUGUAAUAAAACUGGUAUUUUAGGCAAUGUCAUUAGAUUACUAUAUUAAUCUAUUCACGUAUAUAUUUGUAUAUGAUUAAGCAAAUCAAUGGGAUAUAAAAUAUUUAAGGAAAUGUUUGUUGUGAAUAUUAAGUCUUUUAAGGAAGUGCUCGAUAUCAAGUAGAUAUAUGUAAUAUGGAACUUAUUUCAGACAUUUUUGACAUAUCUGUUUUAUGAUUUUGUCAAAUAUUCUUUAGUGAACUUCUGUAAACACUUCAAGUGUUUAAGUGCUAAAAGUUAAAUAAAAACAUAUUUUUACUAGUCUAAUACGAUAAAAUUAUAGUCAAAUUUUUUAUUUAAAUUUUCUCUCUGAACAGACGUCAAGACAAUGUGCCAAGAAUAUACAUACUUAUACUAUAUAGUAAUCUUAAAACAUAAAUCUUAAAACAUAAAUUUGAGAAUAAGAGAUUUAGUGUUGACUUGAUCCAAGACAAUCUUUACCAUAAACAGAGAACUUUACGAAGUAAACUAUAUGUAUUUCAGAUUUAGUACUCUCUAUUCAAAUAUACAUGUUUAAUAAUUGUUACCAUACAAUUGAUUUUCACCUUAUUUUAAAAUAUGUUGUCAUUAACCCCUGGCUUAAUCAGAAUCCAAAUUAAAAUGUUUAUUUCUUUCAAAUUUCUGUGUAUUUCUGACAUCAAGCUUGUCAAAACCCUUUGUUAGAGGUUACUUAAAAAACUAGGACGAAUAAAAGGAAUCGGGGAAAUAUAUAUAUAUGCAUGAAUAUAUACAUAAUUGGCGCUUUGUAACCUUUGAAGCGACUUUUGGUCGAGCUCCUUCUCCUUAUGGUUGUGCCCUUGAUGUUUUUCCGAAAAGCUGAUGGAAUUUUUAUGAUUAGCCUUUAGUUCAUGUCAGAAAUAGACUCUGAGGGGUUGACAUUCCCUGCCGAAU